UCAAUUAUCUGAACCCCACAAAACCAAAUCCCAAAAAAAAAAAAAAUACUCCAAGAAAGAGAUCCAUCUCGCUCCGCUCUCUCGUGAUCGGAAAAAUCAACACAGUCGAAACGGUGUAGGACUCAAUGGCAGACCGUGGAGGAUGCUGCCCUCCGAUCGAUCUGUUCCGUUCGGAGGCGAUGCAAUUGGUCCAGCUUAUUAUCCCCAUGGAGUCCGCUCACCUCACCGCCUCUUAUCUCGGCGACCUCGGUCUCCUUCAAUUCAAAGACCUCAAUUCGGAGAAGAGUCCAUUUCAGCGAACUUAUGCUGCUCAGAUUAAAAGAUGUGGAGAGAUGGCACGAAAGUUACGGUUUUUUAAUGAGCAAAUGCUAAAAGCAGGCUUCUCCACUUCAACAAAACCUACGACAGUAACUGACAUCAAUUUGGAUGAUUUAGAGGUGAAACUUGGAGAACUUGAGGCUGAGCUGGUUGAAAUGAAUGCAAAUGGUGAAAAGUUGCAACGCGGUUAUAAUGAGCUGCUUGAGUAUAAGCUUGUUUUGCAAAAGGCUGGUGAGUUUUUUGCUUCUGCUCGACGCAGUGCUACUUCUCAGCAGAGAGAAAUGGUGUCACGGCAAAUGGGUGACGAAUCCAUAGAAACUCCUUUACUGCAAGAGCAAGAAGCAUCCACAGAUUUAUCGAAGCAAGUCAAAUUGGGCUUUAUUACUGGCCUUGUUCCUAGGGAGAAGUCUAUGGCAUUUGAGAGGAUUUUAUUUCGUGCAACUAGGGGCAAUGUGUUCCUCAAGCAGGCUCCUGCUGAGGAUCCCGUCACUGAUCCUGUUUCUGGAGAGAAGAUGGAGAAAAAUGUAUUUGUGGUAUCUUACUCUGGAGAAAGGGCAAAAAACAAAAUUCUGAAGAUAUGUGAAGCUUUUGGUGCUAAUCGUUAUCCUUUUGAUGAGGACCUUGGCAAACAAGGUCUAAUGAUCAAUGAGGUUUCUGGAAGAAUUUCAGAGCUAAAAACCACCAUAGAUGCUGGAUUGCUUCUCCGGGACAAUCUGUUGCGGAGUAUUGGGGAUCAGUUUGAACAAUGGAUCAUUAAGGUGAAAAGGGAGAAAUCAAUUUAUCACACUCUUAAUAUGCUCAGCCUUGAUGUAACAAAGAAAUGUCUUGUUGCUGAGGGAUGGAGUCCUGUUUUUGCCACAAAACAGAUUCAGGAGGCACUGCAGCGGGCUGCAUUUGACUCCAGCUCUCAAGUUGGAGCCAUUUUUCAGGUCUUGCAUACAAGAGAAUCACCACCUACCUACUUCCGCACAAAUAAAUUUACUUCUGCUUUUCAGGAAAUUGUUGAUGCAUAUGGGGUGGCUAAGUAUCAAGAAGCAAAUCCUGGUGUUUACACAAUUGUUACAUUCCCUUUUCUUUUUGCUGUCAUGUUUGGUGAUUGGGGGCAUGGAAUAUGCUUAUUCCUUGCAACAUUAUUUUUUAUUGUCCGGGAAAAGAAACUUUCUAGUCAGAAGCUUGGAGAUAUAACAGAGAUGACUUUUGGUGGUCGUUAUGUUAUUUUGAUGAUGUCACUCUUCUCAAUUUAUACUGGCUUGGUCUAUAAUGAGUUCUUCUCAGUGCCCUUUGAAUUAUUUGGCCGCUCAGCCUAUGCUUGCCGUGAUCUCUCUUGCCGGGAUGCUACUAGUGUCGGUUUGAUUAAGGUUCGUGAUGCUUACCCCUUUGGGGUGGAUCCAGCGUGGCAUGGUAGCCGUAGUGAGCUGCCUUUCCUGAACUCACUAAAGAUGAAAAUGUCAAUCCUUCUUGGGGUGGCUCAGAUGAACCUUGGAAUUAUUUUGAGUUAUUUCAAUGCUACAUUCUUCAGUAAUAUUCUGAACAUCUGGUUCCAAUUUAUUCCUCAGAUAAUAUUUCUUAACAGUCUAUUUGGCUAUCUUUCUCUCCUUAUCAUUGUGAAAUGGUGCACUGGUUCACAAGCUGAUUUGUACCACAUAAUGAUAUACAUGUUCCUCAGUCCUACUGAUGAAUUGGGUGAAAAUCAGCUUUUUCCUGGCCAAAAAACAGCUCAGCUUGUGCUGUUAUUUCUUGCCCUGGUUUCUGUGCCAUGGAUGCUAUUACCAAAGCCUUUUCUUCUGAAGAAGCAACAUGAAAAUAGGCACCAAGGCCAAUCCUAUGCACCACUCGAAAGCACAGAUGAAACUCUCCUUUCUGAGGCAAAUCAUGAUUCUCAUGAGGAAUUUGAGUUUGGUGAAGUCUUUGUGCAUCAACUCAUACAUACCAUUGAGUUUGUGCUUGGUGCAGUUUCGAAUACAGCCUCAUACCUUCGAUUAUGGGCCCUCAGUCUUGCUCACUCGGAGUUGUCAGUUGUGUUCUAUGAGAAGGUUCUUCUUCUUGCUUGGGGGUUUAACAAUGUAAUCAUCCUCAUCAUCGGCAUAAUCGUCUUUAUUUUCGCAACCGUUGGUGUGUUGCUAGUUAUGGAAACCCUUAGUGCUUUCCUACAUGCUUUGAGACUUCACUGGGUAGAAUUCCAGAACAAAUUCUACGAGGGCGACGGUUACAAGUUCCAUCCAUUUUCAUUUGCAUUGCUCGACGACGAAGAUGAUUGAUGCUCUUGAACCGAAUAAAAAGUCAUGUUGGACUUUAAAGUCGAUUCAGAUUUACCCUAUAGAGGGAGCUGAGGAGGUGUUCUUAAGCCGCCUAAGAACGUUGCUUUUUCACCCUCCGGUUGAUAAUAGUUUGUUCUUGGAAGCAAUAAGUGGCCUACUAGUUGGGCUGAUAUGUUUUUGUGGUAUUGAGCUAUGUCAUAAUACUUUAUUUAAUUUUUUUUCUAUUU